AGAAUACUGAAUAAUGACAUAGAACAUCAGAGAUGUAAAAAGCCCUCACUGAAGAGCGACUCUAAGGGAAUCCGUCCCCUGUUGUUGUAGAACUCUGCCCUCUAGCGGCGCAGCGCUGCCAUUACACAGCUGCUGUUGGACAGCCCGAGUUUCUUCCGCCUGUUGAUACUGCGCCAAAUAUGUGCAGACAUACCGUAGAAAAGUUACGAGUAUUUCAAACGCCGCAUUCAACAAUUUAUUAUCGUGUUACCAGAGCACCGAAAAUAUAGUUCAUAUCAGAAGUUUAAAAAAAAGAAAACAAAGAACACAAAGACAAAAAACUCGUCUGGUAAAUACAGCUUUCCAUCACGUGACAUGUCCGCGCAUGCGCAGUCGACCGGUUGUAACUCGAAAUAUUCAAUAAUCUGGGAAGCAGUUUAUGCGCUGGACGUCUCACCGCCGAGCGAGCAGAAACGCCAGUGUUUUACCGGAAACGGAGGGGGCCGCUUCGCAGUCGGACCCGGUGACAGCUCGACUGACCAGCAGCGAUGAGCUUCUUUGGCUUUGGUCAGAGUGCGGACAUCGAUGUAGUUCUGAAUGACGCCGAAACGAGAAAGAAAGCGGAGCAUAAAAGCGAAGACGGCAGGAAGGACAAGUAUUUUCUCUUCUACGACGGGGAGACGGUGUCGGGGAAAGUCAACGUGACGCUCAAGUACCCGGGGAAGAGGCUCGAGCACAACGGCGUCAAGAUCGAGUUCGUCGGCCAGAUAGAGCUGUACUACGACAGAGGGAACCACCACGAGUUUGUCUCCCUGGUGAAGGACUUGGCUCGGCCAGGUGAGCUCACACAGUCCCAGACGUUUGACUUUGAGUUCACGCACGUGGAGAAACCCUACGAGUCUUACACCGGCCAGAACGUCAAACUACGCUACUUUCUGAGGGCGACAGUCAGCCGGAGACUGAACGACAUCAGCAAAGAGCUGGACAUCGUGGUGCACACACUCAGCAGCUACCCCGAGCUCAACUCCUCCAUCAAGAUGGAAGUGGGGAUCGAGGACUGUCUGCACAUCGAGUUUGAGUACAAUAAAUCCAAGUAUCACCUCAAAGAUGUGAUCGUGGGGAAGAUUUACUUCCUGCUGGUGAGGAUCAAAAUCAAACACAUGGAGAUAGACAUCAUCAAGCGGGAGACGACCGGCACGGGGCCGAACGUCUACCACGAGAACGACACCAUAGCGAAGUAUGAGAUCAUGGACGGUGCGCCGGUCAGAGGAGAGUCCAUCCCCAUCAGGCUGUUCCUCGCGGGCUAUGAGAUGACACCCACCAUGAGGGACAUCAACAAGAAGUUCUCUGUGCGGUACUACCUCAACCUGGUCCUCAUCGACGAGGAGGAGAGGCGCUAUUUCAAACAGCAGGAGAUCACGUUGUGGAGGAAAGGCGACAUUGUGAGGAAGAGUAUGUCUCACCAGGCCAUCAUCGCCUCGCAGCGCUUCGAAGGCUCCUCCAAUCCGGGAAAGCCCCAGACCCAGAGUAAUGAAGAGGAAGACAGCUAAAUCCCAGCAUGCACCUCACCCAGCGCACUGAGUGCCGGAGCAAAUGCGAUGCGGAAGCUGUCGGCCACUUCUCUCUCUCUCUCUCUCUCUCUCUCUCUGUGUAUGUGUGUGUUCGUCUGUUUGUGUGGCUGUGUGUGUGUUUUGUAAUAUGACUGUGUGUCUGUCAAGGGAACAAACAUUCUGACUCAGACUGUAGUUGCAAGUAAUUCUGUUUGUUUUAAUCACCUUGAAGUACCAGCUGGGUGGAGUUUACCACAUUGAGACUGAUUGCAAAGUGCACAGAAUUGCAAAUCAUCAUACUUUGAAGUCCUUAAUUAAAGUUGUAUGGCAUUUAUUAUACAAUUCAGUUCAGUGGGGCAAACUUUACCCAAUAGAUGCACUUAAAUAUAAUGUACAAAUACUGGAUGACCAAUGUGUGUGUGUGUGUGUGUGUGUGUGUGUGUGUAUAGUAUGAAAGCCACCACAGGUGUAUUCCGAACAACCUUUCCUUCUAACUACUUACUCGGCUGGAAGAAGCGGUAGGUUUCUAAAAACGUGUGUUAAUAAUAGAACUUACAGUCCAUCUCUGUUGUCACCUCAAGACUGUGACAUUCAUUUAUUUAAGCUCCACUGCCAUGCCCCUCUCACUUGCUUCUAAUUUAAAUAAAUAAUAAUCAUAUCUGGUUCUCAAGAAAAGAGCAGCGACAGAAAGAAAAAAAAGUAUAAGACUUUAAAAAAUAUUUUCAUACAUUCCGAGGCUCUCACCAGUAACGGGCAUGACUGUAGAGUAUUUAUUUUUGAACAAAGUUCCUCAUCUUUGGACCACGAACGUGGCACCUUUCUUCUCUGCUCUCUUAUUUGCACUAUCAAUCUCAUCGUGGCUUCACAUAGAACACGGACAGUAUUACACCUGUGUUUAGUGACGGGCUACGGAGAUGUGCUCGAGUCCCGCCUCUGGAAGGGACGGCUCGCCUCAAAAAUCAACAACGCAUAUUUUCCACCUCUUACCCUGUAGCGCUAUUUAUCCAUGUAGAUUGUUUUCCGCCGUCGGCUUCUGGUGCUAAAAGGGCCAAAACAAGAAUACAAGGUCGGUGGUUUGUCUUGAGUGACCGGGGUGACUCGUGCGACUCACGCCAAAACAUCUAGAAGAUAAGUGGAUCGACGAGUAAGAGGACGAAUAUGUGUUGUUGAUGCAGAACUGUCCCCGUAAGGAGCCGUUGUGUCUCACAGUGUGGCGAGUUAGCUUUGUGCCUCCGGGUUUAUUGCCAAACCGUGACAGUGCAACACUGCGCCCUCCCCCCCCACCAUUUAGACUGCGCUCAUCACUUUUCAUGACAUGGAAAAUGGGUGCCAAGAAGGCUUUGAUUUUGAAGCGAAAAACGAGAUGCACCUCGGUCAUAUGGAGUCCCGAACGCUUUAACGUUAUCUAAACGAGCAUAAUCCGUUUAGUUUGUGGAUGCUCGUGGUUAGUGAGAGCAGAUGAUUGACAUCCUGUUCCAUUCCUCCUCUAUGCUGGAGCUAAGCCCCUCCUCUCCUACUUCACCCCGGCCUGCAAGACCAGCUCUUGCUUUGCAGCGUCUUCACAAAAUAAAUCUAUCACUGUGUGUCAAUGUUAAAGUUUGAGACCCUUUUUCUACUCCAUACGUUUACCGGCAGAGGAAGGUCAACUUUUAGCAUGCUGCUGAAGCGACAUGUCCGCUGUCGACAGACUGACCCCUGACCCUGCUAGAAUAUAGGAUGCUGAAUAAGUUUCCUGGAGCUUCACGUAGGGUUUCCUUCAUCAAAGAUUCUUCCUUUGGCAGAAUUUACUUCACAAUUUCUAACGUCUGAGCUCGACCCGGAUUUCAAGCCUUCUAUGUUAACAGCUUUCUACAGCCCAAAUCCAGAUUUCUUGGAGAACAUAUCAAACUGUGCGUUUACCGAGCAGUUAUUACCACUGUCCCUCUGUUGGUGGAUAGCAGGCAGCUCUGUGGCCUCUUUCAGGUUGAGGUUAUGCAUGAUACUUUAGGUUAACUUGAUGUACUUUUCACAUUUCUGUGGAAGGAUCCCGACAGUCCUUGGAGAGAUGCUGUCUGAACAUUAAUAUAGAGAGUUACGGGUUAACCCAGACUAACUAUCAGAUCCACAUCUCCUCACAGCCCGGGCCGACUAGCCAAUGGAAAACAGAGAUGUGCACACAAACCCACCUUUCUGAUUCGUGCUGCACACAAACUGAUCCAACAAUGAAAAUGAAGUGAAAUACAGAUCUUGGGGUAUGGAUAAUUCCGAUCAUGUUUUUCUUCCAGUCCCAAAGUUGUAGCGAAUGUAUUCGGCAUCAUGUCCGACAUCCUUCAUGCUGGCUGUGGCCUCCAUGCACACAGUAUCACUUCUCUGAAAUCUGUUGAAGGAAGUACCAUUCAAGAAACCCAAAGCGAGUUUUGAAGUUUGUGUCUUUUUUUCUUCUUCCUUUUCAGAAGUGAGUCUGCAUUUUUUGUUUGUUGCACUUCCGGUUCCCUUCUCUCAAAUUCAAUGUUUUGUGUUUUAGUUUUUUGUGUUUUUGUUUAGAUGCCUGAAAUGAUGGCUGGUUAAUAACACAAGGUAAAGAGAUGUUUGUGUUAUUCUGUGUCUUGAAAAGGAGGUUGCUCACAAGCCUCCAAAUGAGGAGCCUCGAGGUCCUCACUGGAACACUCGUCCUCCAUUACCUGGUGGUGGUUCGUUCCCUCAGAGCCUGACGAUGGCUUUUUACUUGUGGUUUCUGCAUUCACGUCUGUUGGCCACAGAGCUUAUUUCCUGCAAUAAUCCCAAAAGAACAACCCCAUUGGCUCUGAGUGGAGGGAACCCAGUGUGACGCUGACUUCCUGCUUGGCCUGCUUCACUCUGACGUGGCUGUGAUUGUAACUGUAGCAGCGCUGGUACAGACACACACUAACCCAACUAACCCAGUGAGUGAAGUGAGACGGGAACGACUGAUGACAUGUACAGUGUAAAUGCACAAUGUAAAUGCAAUCCUCCUCCGCUUUUUGUUUAUUUUCAUGUCGUAUAUGAUCUCCCUGUCUAUAAAUGUGGAUUUUAAUCAUUUUAUAUAUUCCUGUUUUACUUUGAAUUAAAAGGGAGUAACUGAAAAAUGCA